UGGUUGCUGUUCGAUUACGCUGAACACGACCUAUGGCAUAUUAUCAAGUUUCAUCGAGCUGCAAAACAGAAGAAGCAGCCUGUACUUGUACCGAAGGGAAUGGUCAAGAGUCUCCUAUAUCAAAUUUUGGAUGGUAUUCAUUAUCUGCACUCAAAUUGGAUCCUCCAUCGAGAUUUGAAACCAGCGAAUAUCUUGGUAAUGGGAGAAGGGCCUGGAGUGGAACGAGGAAGGGUGAAAAUAGCCGAUAUGGGGUUUGCGAGGAUAUUCCAUAAUCCGUUGAAACCACUGGCUGAGCUCGAUCCUGUUGUUGUAACGUUCUGGUAUCGAGCACCUGAGCUGCUUCUAGGUGCUAAACACUAUACUAAGGCGAUAGACAUAUGGGCAAUUGGUUGCAUAUUCGCCGAAUUGCUCACCUCUGAGCCGGUGUUCUUUUGUCGUGAAGAGGAUAUCAAAGCUUCAAGCCCGUACCAUCAGGAUCAGCUGAAUCGAAUCUUUUCCGUAAUGGGCUAUCCGUCGGAAUCCGAUUGGCAAGAUCUGAAAAAAAUGCCCGAGUAUCAGAAACUUACUCAAGACUUCAAGCGUGCCAAUUAUGCGAAUUGUACUCUACAAAAACAUAUGGAUAAGCACAAGAUCAAAGCAGACACGCGGUCAUUCUCGUUAUUGCAACGUCUCCUUACAAUGGACCCGAUCAAACGAGUUACUGCACAAGAAGCUAUGGACGAUCCGUAUUUUAAGGAAGAUCCUCGUCCAACAGCAGAUGUCUUCAGUGGCUGUGACAUUCCAUAUCCGAAGAGAGAAUUUCUCUCGGAUGACAAUGACGAUAAAAGCGCUUCUGCAUCUAAAACUCAACAACCGCCACCACCGCAGCAAAGUCAGCAGCAGAACAUUGGUGUGCACCCUCAACAACCGAUCAUGGAACCGGCCGCGAAGAAGAUGCGUAUGCAGCAGAAUCAACAAAUGCCACCCACACAACCUCAGGUCUGUAAAUUUCUUUGCCUUUCUAUUGUGUUCCUUCUGUGA